CCAUAACUGAUUCGCAGAACAAUGUCAACAACCAGCGGCAAAGCGUUAAAUAUACUCAUCACCGGAGGUGCUCGCGGAAUUGGACGUGGCCUCUUCCGCCAGUUCAUAUCAAAAGGCCAUCGAGUGAUCGUUCUUGACUCGAACACAGAAGAGUUGGAACACGUCAGAUCACGAGCUGACAAUUGGUCAAGCACACCAGGCAACUGGUAUGCACUGCAAUGCGACUUGAGCAAGCGAGAGCAGAUCAAAGAUGCGGUCCGAACAGUGAAGGAGACCUUUGGCGGAAGAUUGGACGUCCUGAUCAACAACGCUUUUCCGACAACCCUGCAAAUUGCCGAGGAUCGAAAAAUGGAGGGAGAGGGAGAUGACAUUGAAGCCGAGUGGGAUCUGAAGAUUGCCAUUGGUCUGACAGCUCCAUUCAUCCUCAGUCGACUUUGCGUCCCACUGCUCAUUGCGGGUACCUCGUCGUCAGGCUCGCCCGGCACUAUCAUCAACAUCUCGUCAACACGUGCAUAUCAGGCUGAAUCCGACCAUGAAGCCUACUCUACAGCAAAGGCAGGCAUACUCGGCCUUACUCAGUCAAUGUCCAUAUCUCUUGGCCAUCGCCACAAGAUACGAGUGAACGCGAUUAUCCCAGGCUGGAUUCAUGUAGAGAACGAGAGCAAAGCUGCCGACGAAAAGGGCACUGCUUGGGAAGAAGGCCUGACUAAGAACGAUUCAGAGUGGCAUCCAGCAGGCAGGGUCGGUCAAAGCGAAGACAUUACUCGAGCUGCAGAGUAUCUGAUUGAAAGCGGGUUCGUCACGGGCCAAGAGGUCGUAGUCGAUGGCGGAGUGGGGAGGAAAAUGGUGUACCCUGAAUAAGCGUCCGCACAUUGGAGUCAAUAGAUCCUUCAUGAGGCUGAGGGCAAAGGCGGAUGGUGCCGAGAGUGGACAAUUUCUCUGCAAUCUGUCGACCAUCUCGGUAUCACAACAAUGUUGAACUCUUUGAGAAACACCAAUGAUUGACAGUGAGGCUGAAGAGGAGUGUUCCGAGGACACGUAAACCUGAGGCUUCCAUGUGGAUGCUUUCGGUGUUGAUGAAACGGUUGUCGUCAGCCAAGACAUGGAACCGUGCGAGAGCUGUCCGCAGCUGCCGUUCUUAAGUUCACCUCUCCUCCC